AUGUUCGCUCGUGCUGCUCUUCGUGCCCCUAUCCAGGCCGCUCGUGCCCCGGCCUCGGCCCGUCUCUUCUCGCAGACUGCUGCUGCGAACAAGAAGGUUACUGUUCUCGGUGCCUCGGGUGGUAUUGGUCAGCCUCUCUCGAUGCUGCUCAAGCUCAACCCGUACGUGACGGACCUGCGUCUGUACGACAUCCGUCUCGCUCCGGGUGUGGCUACUGACCUCUCGCACAUCAACACCCCGUCGAAGUGCACUGGUUACGCCCAGGAGGACCUUGAGAAGGCCCUCGAAGGUACCGAGAUGGUUGUCGUUCCGGCCGGUAUGCCGCGUAAGCCUGGUAUGACCCGUGACGACCUGUUCAACACCAACGCCUCGAUUGUGCGUGACCUCGCCAAGGCUGCCGCCAAGGUCGCUCCGAAGGCCCACAUGCUCAUCAUCUCCAACCCGGUCAACUCGACUGUGCCGAUCGUCUCGGAGGUUUACCGUGAGGCUGGUGUCUACGACCCGAAGCGCCUCUUCGGUGUCACCUACCUGGACGUGACCCGUGCCUCGACAUUCCUGUCGGGCAUUGCUGGCUCGGUCCCGGCUGAGACCAACGUCCCGGUCAUUGGUGGCCACUCGGGUGUGACCAUCGUGCCGCUCCUGUCGCAGGCUUCGCAGAGCUCGGCUGUCUCGGCUGGUGAGCAGUACGAGAAGCUCGUUCACCGCAUCCAGUUCGGUGGUGACGAGGUCGUGAAGGCCAAGGACGGUGCUGGUUCGGCCACCCUUUCGAUGGCUUACGCCGGUGCCAGCUUCGCUGACCACCUCCUCCGCGCCAUGUCGGGCGAAAAGGGUGUCAAGGCUUGCGCCUUUGUCGAGAGCCCGCUCUUCAAGGACCAGGUGCAGUUCUUCGCUAGCCCCAUUGAGCUUGGUCCGGACGGUGUGGCCGACAUUCCGGCUCUGCCGAAGCUGACCGGCGAGGAGCAGAAGCUCCUUGACGCUUGCCUGCCUGACCUUGCUAAGAACAUCAACAAGGGUCUGGAGUGGGCUAAGGCCAACCCGUAA